AUGUCAUAUCCGGACCUUGGCGAAGCAUCUGUUGCCUGUUUUCCAAACUCAAAAGUGACAAAACUUGCGAGACCUUUCCGAUACAUAAUAGAUUUUGUGAUCUGCCUGGACUUGUUCGGAUCUUGUGCAUGCUACCAGCUUAUAAUAGCGAAGUCAAUCAAACAGCUUGUGGAAGAUGUUCAAACAACACCUCUAGAAGGUCUUAACGGUAACCCUCAUCUGCGUGUUUAUUUGGCUGCUAUGUUAAUACCGGUAGUGUUGAUUUGCCUGAUCACCCACUUGAAAUGGCUCGCACCUUUUUCAAUUGCUGCUAAUUUUGUAAUUUAUUUUAUAGCUCCUGACACUAUAUUUCGACGACGCGUUAAUAUUUUGUGUGUCCUUAAUAAUAUCUAUCUAUCUAUGUCUUCACGCCGUAUCCCUGGUGUGGUAGACAGGACCAAACGCCGCAAUGCAUGGUCCUUACAUAAAUCUUUCGCCUCGUCCAUUUUCAUUGCUCUUUUCAUACACACUCGCCACCUUCUAAGAGCCAUAAGAGAAAACGUGAUAGCAAUGUUUACGGCAAUAUACUACGCUACGCAAAACAACCCAGGCUUUGAAAACUUGAAACCGUAUAAUGGAUAUUACGAAACAUUAGAGUUUGCUGGCAUGAUAGUAUUUAGUAUGUCGUGUGCGGGUAUAGUGAUACCGAUUGAGAACAACAUGGCGGAACCACAUAAAUUCCCUCUGGCUUUAUUCUUUGGCAUGGCGUUAAUUGUCUUUGGAACUAUGAUGGUGUCAUUCUUCGGAUACGUUGGUUAUUUGGAAAAAAGCGAAUCUCCUAUAACAGUAAAUUUCCCGAUGACUGUGUAAGUAUCCAAUAUAAUUAGAAUUAUUUUAAUUCUUAUAAGAAUUAAAUUAUUAACUAUUUCAUACCUAUAGUAUAAUUAAAAUGCCAAAGUGUCGUUACCUCUUGAGGCCCAGUGGAGCGACCGCGUAACUUUCUAACCACGACUAGCCAUAGAUCACGACGUCUUACCAACGUUAUGGUGAUAUUUCGUUACAUUUAGC